AUGCCUCUUGGUUUGGAAGAUAAACGUAUUACAGACGGCUCUCUCACCGCAUCCACUUACUACAAUCAUCACCUCUCUCCAUGGCACGGCCGACUGAACAGCCGCUGGUCAUGGAGUGUGCGCCGCAACCGCAGAGGGCACUGGUUCCAAGUGAACUUUGUUGAGCUAAUGCACAUAAAAGGCGUGGCUACUCAGGGAAGGCAGGACGGUUCUCAGUGGGUAAGAAGCUACACAAUUAUGUACAGUGUGGACGGAAUGAAUUUCGUGCCUUACAAGGAAGGACGUACCACUAAGAUCUUCAAUGGAAACACAGACCGCCAUUCCAUCGUGUAUCACCAGUUCCUCAAGCCCUUCACGGCCAUAAACGUUCGCUUUUAUCCAAUAACCUGGUACGGUUGGAUAUCUAUGAGAGCUGAGGUUUAUGGCUGUUCAGCUUCUCCGUGUAACAAACCUCUGGGAUUACAAAAUCACCGUCUUCCCAACAGCCGUAUUACAGCAUCAUCGGAAUGGAAUCAGUUCCACGCCGCAAGACUUGGGAGACUGGGUCAAGUCAAACGUGGAAAAUAUGUGGGGGCCUGGUGCACACGGCAUAAUAAUCACUUACAAUGGUUCAAGGUUGACUUUGGUCGACCAAUGAAAAUCACUAAAGUAGCCACUCAAGGCCGACAGGAUACGAACCAAUGGGUAACUUCGUUCUAUCUGUGGUCAAGUCAGGAUAACGUGCACUGGGAGGCAUACAAGUUUAGAAGCGCAUACAAGCUAUUCCAAGCCAAUCGUGAUCAAAACAGCAUCGCUAAAAAUGCCAUCAACCCACCAAUCUUAGCCAGAUAUGUCAAACUUAACCCACGUGGCUGGUACAGACACAUUUCAAUGAGGAUUGAGUACUAUGGUUGUGUCGCUGAUCGUUGUGAUGUUCCUCUUGGAAUCCGAGAUGGUCGCGUGACACGCGCAAUGUUCACUGCCUCUUCCAUGUACAACCACUACUAUGGUCCUUGGAGCGCAAGACUGCAGGCUCAGAAUCGUGGCUCCACCAGAGGAGGUUGGUUGGCUAAGUACCGCAACACUCGUCAAUGGCUGCAGAUUGACUUAGGAUCUACUUCCAGGGUGAAGAGAAUAGCUACCCAAGGCCGGUAUGAUGCCCACCAGUGGGUGAAGUCUUACACUGUGUCGUACAGCAACAACGGUGUGAGGUUCUAUCCUUACAAACAAGGCAGGAGAGUAAAGAUAUUCCAAGGGAACACCGAGAGGUAUUAUGUGGUUUACCACAGGUUUCGUCCGACCAUCAAGGCCCGCUAUAUACGUAUUCACCCAAGGACUUGGUACAGCGGGAUCUCUAUGAGGCUUGAACUUUACGGGUGUCGACUAGGUGUCCUCUGCAACCGACCACUGGGAAUGCAGACAGGGCGCAUCAAGAACCGCCAAGUCACGUCGGCAUCCAUGUGGGACCAAUUCCAUGGCCCUUACCUUGCGAGACUCCACCGGCCGCGUCGGGGACGAUACAUUGGGGCCUGGGCAGCAAAGUACAAUAACCACUAUCAAUGGCUGCAAGUGGACUUUAAGAGAGCUGCGAAGAUCAUCAAGAUAUCUACACAGGGACGGCAAGAUGCUUACCAGUGGGUGACACAGUAUUAUAUUACCAGGAGUCUCGACAGAGUUCACUUUAUGCCAUAUAUGGAGAGGAAUAGCAUUAAGUACUUCACGGGUAACCGUGACCAAAAUACUGUUGUCACGAACUCCUUUGUUCCCAUACUGCGUUGUCGUUACAUCCGGGUCCGUCCCAGAGGAUGGUACAAACACAUAUCCAUGAGAGUAGAGUUUUACGGUUGUGUUACAGAUCGGUGUGUUAUGCCUUUGGGUAUGGAAGAUCGUCGUAUCUUAUCUGGUCGUCUUCGCGCCUCUUCGUCGUACAAUUACAACCAUGGACCCGACCGAGCGCGUUUGAACAUCAUCAACGGUCAUGGACGAACAGGGGCUUGGGUGGCCAGGCAUCGAAGUACCAAUCAAUGGCUACAGAUUGAUUUGGGCCAGAGUAGUAUCUUGAAAGGAAUCGCUACACAAGGGAGGAGAGAAGCUAAUCAAUAUGUGAGAAGCUAUACGCUCUCAUACAGUCGUUUUGGAAUGAGAUUCAAGGGUUAUGUGUCCUAUGGAAGAGUCAAGGUAUUCCGAGGUAACUACGACAUUUAUCACACGGUGGGGCACAAGAUCAUGCCAGCAAUAAAAGCACAGUUUGUCCGAAUUAACCCACGGUCGUGGUACAGCUAUAUAGCCAUGCGUGUGGAACUUUAUGGAUGUCGUCUACGCGAACGAUUUUACGACAGUCCUCUUGGCCUUCAAAACAAUCGAAUCAAAAAUGCUGCCAUCACAGCCUCGUCUCGGUGGGAUGCGAACCAUUCCCCUUGGUUGGCGCGACUUCAUCAUCCGCGUCGAGGUCGGUUUAUUGGGGCCUGGUCUUCUCGACACAAUAAUCAUAACCAAUGGCUGCAGGUGGAUCUCGGAAGGUCAAUGAAGGUGACGGGAAUUGCGACUCAGGGUCGAUACGACGCUGACCAGUGGGUAAAGGCGUACUAUCUGUAUUACAGUGCAGAUGGAGUCAACUUUGCUAAAGUAAAGCACUGGUGGAAUUAUGUUAAGACUUUCCAAGGGAAUCGAGACCGACUGUCUGUCCAAACACAUCCAAUUGAUCCACCACUGUACGGGCGAUAUGUUCGAGUCAUACCACGAGGCUGGAGGUCACACAUUUCCAUGAGACUGGAAUUGUAUGGAGCACCAUGGAAUCGUUGUGAUAUGCCACUCGGUGUAGAGGACGGCCGUGUUCCAGAUCCACUCAUGCGCGCCUCGUCUUUCUACAACUACUACUGCAGCCCAUUCAAUGGCAGACUCAACAGACGACGUUAUGGAAGAUACGGAGGGGCCUGGUGCGCAAAAAGACGGGAUAGACGUCAGUGGCUGCAAAUAGAUUUUGGCGCGGCUACCAAAGUAUCACGUGUUGCCACUCAAGGAAGACAGAACUCCGCUCAGUGGGUGACGAGUUAUUACAUAUCGUACAGUAAGAAUGGGUAUAAGUUCACUCCUUACAGAGAAGGCAGGCGUACCAAGAUAUUCCAGGGUAAUUACGAUCGCUACAUUAUCGUUCGUCACAAACUAGCGAAGCCAAUAACAGCGCGCUUCUUCAGAAUUCACCCAGUCACGUGGUACAGCUGGAUCUCAAUGAGGGUAGAAUUUUAUGGUUGUGUUGUCGGACCAAAAUGCGACAAGCCUCUAGGACUGAAAAAUGGCCGCAUUCGUGCAAACCAGCUUACUGCUUCUUCCAGCUGGGACAAGAACCACGCACCUAACAACGGCAGGCUUCAUUUCCGCCGUGUUGGUCAUCGAAUGGGGGCUUGGUGCGCGCGACAUAACAACCGUCUCCAGUGGUUUCAAGUUUUCUUUGGUCGCUCCACUCGGGUGGUGAAGAUUGCUACACAAGGACGACAGGAUGCCCGUCAGUGGGUGACUCAGUACUAUUUGUCAUACAGUCAGGAUGGAAUACAUUAUGCAGAAUUUAAGGAGAACAGCAAUCGAAAGGUAUGA